AUGCUUCCUCCAGAGAUUUGGUCCCGCGUGUUUUCCGAAUUGGUUCUACCGGCUACAUCGAACGGCUCUCGGCGCCCGCUCAGGCCCCUUUAUUCCCUUUGCCUUGUCAGCCGCCAAUUCCGUCAAAUUGCCCAACCUCUGUUGCACCGCACUAUUUCCUUCGGCUAUCGACACGUCGGACAUCCCAUGCUAGUCAGAACCCUAUUUGGAUCACCUGAACUAGCUCGUGCCGUGCGCAAGGUGGCUUUGCGCGACGAUGACCUUGCGUCUCUUGCAAGUCAUCGGCAGCUACUAGAAGAUACAAUCCGCUCUUUACAUGCUCCAGAGGCGUUCAGGCAUCAGCUAGAAAACAGUCUCAAAGCUCCAGACCGUGGUUCAUUUGCGGCAAUUGUUCUUGCAAUGACCACCGCAGUACGCGAGAUCGAUAUAGCUCUCAACUUGGAGGAUGGCAUGGCAGCGCCAGAUCUCUUGUCUCUUCUGGCAGGGUCCAAUAACAUCGCCGACGAUGAGAAUUCCCAGUCUCAAACAGAAUACCGGAACUUCGGUCUGCCAUCUCUGAAACGCAUGUCACUCACUGUUGGUGAUGAGAUGUGUUGCAGCAUUUCUGGAUUAGAGUCAGUGUUAUUACGGCCAGGCUUAGAACAACUGUGUCUCAAGAAAGUCUAUUGGCACUUGAACGAGGGUGAUGCAAGGCAAUGGCCAGAAGGGACAUCCGAUCUACCAUCUCUCACUCUGGAUGACUCGAUGGUUAGUGGCCACUCCAUCCAAGAUAUCUUCACCCGGUUUCCGAACCUCCGAGUCUUCAACUUCAUUGCAUCCGAUCGGUUUUCAGGACGCCAGGAGGAUUAUGACGAGGAGGAUGAUGGAGAGUGGGGUUUUCGCGCUGCCGAGGUCGGCUACUCUCUGAGAAGAUUUGGAACCAAGCUCGAGGCUCUGACUCUGAGAACAGCAUAUUACCGUGAGGGUGUAAUGUGGGAUGGGUCACUUUGGGACGACAGCCUCUUGGGUUCUUUGAGAGAAAUGGAUGCUCUCCGUAAACUUGAGAUUGACUUAUCUGAACUGACGGAAAAUCUCCAGGAUGAGGAUUCUGCCGAAUGGGCACGAAAUAUGGUCGAGAUUUUACCGCCAAGCUUGGAGGAGCUGAUCGUGCCGUACCAUUACACAUUAUUUGGGAAAGUCUUCGAAAUCAUCAAGGGGAACUAUUUCCCUGCGCUGCGACUGAUUGCUAUUCUUCCUGUUAGAGGCGAAACAGAAUAUAUACCGUCAAUUAAAGACGAGGAGAUCCCAGGUUGGGCUUUUAUCCUCGGGGGGGUCGGUAUCUCAUCGACAUUGGAGGCGUUUUAUAGCUUUCAGAGGAAGAGUUAG